AUGGACAGUCGAGAGAGCAGCAGCCAGACGCCCUCUGGCCCCAGCCAGCCGAGCACGGGCAACACACCCCAAACCACAGCCUCGACUUCGCAGGCCACCGCAGGCAAGACGCCCGGCUCCACGUCGAGUGCCCAAAACUCGAAGCGGAGACGCGGCCUCGGCGUCGUCACACCCAAUGCCUGCACCGAGUGUCGCAAGAAGCGCGCCAAGUGCGACGGACAAAAGCCAUGCGGCCGCUGCAAGCUGCAAAAGGACGUCGAGUGCGUCUACGAGAUCCCCGUGCGCCAGUCCAAGGAGAACCUCCGCACCGAAAUCGAGAGCCUGCGCCAUCGCCAGCGCUCCAGCGACGCCGUCUUCUCCGCCCUCGUCCGCCCCGACUUGUGGGAGGACGUCCUGAAGAGGCUGCGCGGCGGGCAGUCCAUUGACCGCAUCUCGGAAUGGCUCGGCGGCGUCCUGCCCUCGGGAGGCGGCCCCCUGCCCGUCCUGAGCCGCCUCGGAGACCACGACCUGAGCGGCGCCGGCCCGAGCUCCGCGUCGCUCUUUGCCGGGUCUUCGAUGUCCGGCCCAACGCUGCCGCCUCUGCGCCUCGGCAUGGACAACCUGAGUCCCAUCGGGGCGCAGCUGCCCACCGUGAGGAACGAGUCGGUCGUCGGCGGCUCGUGGCACUUUUCACCGCACGGCGCCGUCGGGUCGUCCAGGGGCAGCUCGCAUCCGGACGUCAUGAACUGGGCGCCCGACGUCCGCCGCCCGCCGCAGUCCCGGGUCGGGUCCUGGGCCGCCGAGAGCAUGGACACGGACCACAUGUCGGACUCGAUGCCCCGAUACCGCGGGCUCGAGCAGAUCCUCUCGCCCCUCAGCGGCGACACGGGGCGCUCCGCCGAGACGUGGACCUCCAUCACAAACGACAUCAACCUCGUCCACCACCUGCUGGCGCUCUACUUUUGCUGGGAGUAUCCCACGUUUGCGUCGCUGAGCAAGGAGCACUUUUUGCGCGACUUUCGCGACGCCCGCCACCGUUACUGCUCGCCCAUACUCGUCAACGCCCUGCUCGCGCUCGGCUGCCGCUUCUCGAGGCAGCCCAUGACGCGGGCGAACCCAAACGACCCCUACUCCUCGGGCGACCACUUCUUCAAGGAAUCCCAGCGGCUCUUUUAUCAAGAGACGGACCACCACUCCCUGACGACGAUCCAGGCCCUCGGCAUCAUGUCGAUUCGCGAGGCCAGCUGCGGGCGGGACUCGGAGAGCUGGUACUAUGCCGGCCAGAGCAUUCGGCUCGCCAUCGAGAUGGGCCUGCACCGCAUCCACGACGAGGGGGACGAGGACGAGCUGGCCGUGCAGUCAGCGACCUUUUGGGGUGCAUUCGCCCUCGAUCACGCGUGGUCACUGGCCACCGGCUCCCUGCCGCAGUGCUCGUGCUUCCCGCACCUCCCGCCCAAGCCCGCCAUCAUCAUGGACAUUGAAGCCUCGCUAUGGGUGCCAUACACCGACGACGGCGCGCCGCUGCAGCGGUCGUGCGAGCAGCCGUCCAACGUGCGGUCCGUGUACAAGUGUUUCUGCGAGCUGAGCGAACUGGUGCACGAGUCGCUGUACAUCUUGCACUCGCCCGGCAAGCCGCUGACGGCCCGGGACCUCUUGAGCAUCUACACGCAGUACCUGAACUGGUACGACAGGAUACCCGAGGUGCUGCGGCUCGGCCACAAUUUUACGCCGGCCGUGCUGUUUGCGCACAUGUACUACCAUUUCGCCAUCUUGCUGCUGUUCCGGCCGCUCAUCAAGCUUCGAAUCAUCGGGUCCAAGGUGCUGCCGCGGGACGUGUGCUCGCAGGCGGCGGACGCGAUCCAGGGCCUGCUGACGUCGUACUCGCAGCUGUACACGCUGCAGCGGACGCCGUCAUUUGUGCCCUACUUUGUGCUGACGUCGUCCAUCAUGCACCUGGCCAUCGGGGCGGCGUCGGCACAGGCGGGCGAGGGCAAGGGGGCGCCAGGCGGGCUCGACGACCGCGGGGGCCGCAGCCCGGACGAGUCGAUGAAGGCGGCGGCCAAGAUCGACCCGCACGUCAGCGAGGCGCUCAAGCAGGGCAUCGCGGAUCUGACGGAGAUGGCGCCGUGCCACCACUUUGCGGAGCAGGCGCUCAACAUCCUGCGGUACCUGGCCAAGAAGUGGAACAUUGACGUCGAGAUCAACACGGGCGGCGUCAACCUCAACCCGGAGGAGUACGACCGGUUGGUGCGGCCGUACACGAGCAGCCUCAACUUUUUCGCGCCCAACGUCGGGCGCGAGGACUUUAUCUGCGACUGGGGCACGGGCAAGGUCGUGGUCGAGGGCGGCGGAGGCGGCGGCGGCGGCGCGACAGCCGGGGCCGGUGUGGAGCGCACCGCCGAGAGCAUGGCCAACCCGCUCUUCUGGCCGUUUCCCAUGCAGGGCCGCCCCGUGCUGCCGACGGGCAAGGACAUUGAGGAGGCGGGCUUUGCGGUGCUGUAG